AUGAUAUCUGCACAAUACCUCGGAUUAUUAGUGUUGAAAAUCACAGAAAACAAUAAGCCAACUAUAAGCGAUUUUGGGUUAUUCCAGGUAUCAAACGAUCAGCAAAUAAAAGAAGAGAGAGAGAAUGAGGGCAAAAUAAGGAUUGUGGCUAAUAGCAGUGAAGCAAACAAAAAACGGUACCAAUGUAAGGUAUGCGGUGUGUUAUUCGGACGUUCAACUAGUCUGAGGAACCAUAAGAUGACACAUAUCGAUGAAAAAAAUUACAAAUGUGAGAUAUGCAAUAAAACAUUCAAAUGGUCCGGCAAUCUGAAGAGACACAAAUUGACGCACGGAAAUGUACGACCAUUCAGAUGUCACGUAUGCAAUAAAACAUUCAAAUACUCCGACGUCCUGAAGAAACACUAUUUGACGCAUGGAAACGAACGACCAUACAAGUGUCAGGUGUGCAAUGAAACUUUCAAAGGAUCCAGAUAUCUAAACAGACACAAAUUGACGCACGAAGACGAGCGACUAUUCGAAUGUCACGUGUGCAAUAAAACAUUCAAAAACUCCUACGGUCUGAAGAGACACAAAUUGACGCACGAAGACGAGCGACUAUUCGAAUGUCACGUGUGCAAUAAAACAUUCAAAAACUCCUACGGUCUGAAGAGACACAAAUUGACGCACGGAAAUGAACGACCAUUCAAAUGUCACUUGUGCAGUGCAGCAUUCAAAGACUCCUGCAGUCUGAAAAGACACCAAUUGAAUCACGGAAGCAUACAGUUAUUCAAAUGUCACGUGUGCAAUGAAACAUUCAAAUACUCCAGCGUUCUGAAGAGACACCAAUUGACGCACGAAAACGAUCGACCAUUCAAAAGUGAAAUGUGUGAUAGGAAUCUCACUGCAAGAGGAUGUUUGAAGGGACACGUGAAAAUACAUAAAAGUUCGGAAGAAGAUCUAUUUUAUACAGUGAGCUCCUUAAUGAUAUCGAUAGCAGACGAUAUCAUUGACACAGAAAUAUUUAUAAAGGGAAUAAUUGGAUUUGCAAAACUUUAA